AUGGCCAAACAGGCAAUGUCCUCCCUCUCAAUUCUACUUGUAUUUCUCUUCCAUUGCAUCACAACUUCAGCCCAGCCGGCUGCAGCUCCAACCAAGCCCGCCGACACCCCAGCUCCGCCAGCCAAUCCCCCGGCUCAGCCCGCCAGUCCCCCUGCUCAGCCUGCCCUUCCCCCAGUCCAGCCGGCCGCCAAAGCCCCAGCCCCAGCCCAGCCUGCCCUGGUCCCGGUGCAGACCGGUGCCACUGACGUCACCAAAAUCCUUGGAAAGGCCCAUGGGUAUUCUGUCUUUGUCCGCCUCUUAAAGAGCACAGGUGUGGCUAAGCAACUCUAUGGGCAGCUCAACAAUUCAAACAAUGGGUUUACCAUCUUUGCCCCUACAGAUUCUGCAUUUUCGAAUCUUAAAGCGGGCACUAUAAACUCCCUAUCUGACCUACAAAAGACCCAACUACUUCAAUUUCAUAUCUUGAACACCGUUGUUACUCUCUCAAACUUCCAAACCUUGAGCAAUCCGGUGCCGACGGAAGCGGGAGAUGCUGGUGCAUUUCCGAUGAACAUUACCACUGCUGGAAACCAAGUGAACAUCUCGACUGGCCUUGUGAACGCCACAUUGGGCAACACAGUGUAUUCGGAUGACCAGCUUGUCAUUUAUCAGGUGACCAAAGUGCUUCUCCCGUUGGACAUUUUCAAUCCUAAGCCUAAAAAAGUAACAGCAGCGCUAGCCCCCGUAGUCGCACCAACGUCGUCGAAGCCUAAGCCAACAAAGGAGGAUGCUCCGGUGACUCCGUCUGCGGCUGCCAAAGUGGAUGCGGCUGCUGCAGUAAGUCUUAGUAGGCAUGGAAUGUUAGAGUCCAUUGGAGUUGCCGUGGUUGCAUUCUUUGUGAUCAAACGAGCUUGAUGGUUUGUACGUAACAUGCACCAUUAUUAGUUUAUUUGCUCUCGAGGUAUCCCAUUGUCUAAGAGCUGCAAGAUUUUUUGAGUUGGGUUCAACGGUCGUGAUCAGCACCAAGGGCUUU